CUCUUCUGAAUGGGCUACAAGUGCAUAGAUGUGAGCUGUAAUGUACACCGUUUUAUGGCAAUAGUUUAAUUCCCAAUGAGACAAUAACAGUGGAUAGUUAGAAUUUAUAUGUCACUUUUGUUGAUGCAAUAUAACUGUGCAUCGGAAUAUUAAGGAAAUAGAAAGCAGGCUUCAAUUCAAAUCAGUCAACCACAAAGUUGAACAUGGGUUUCUGUGGGGAAAUCCCGGGUAUUGACCCAAAUUCUACAAAUAUCACGCUAAGUGUAAGUCCACUGGAAAAUGAAUGCUUCAUUGACAUGCUGAGCAUAAUACCACACAGCCUCUUGCUUGUCAUUUCCAUCCCAAUUUUGAUUGUCUGGAAUAAAUCGCACUAUGGGAGCAUACCUGUCCAGUCUUGGGUCCACUUUCCAGGACACAACAUCCGUUAUAUUCUCACGAUAGCGUUGAUUGUCAUGAAUCUUUUUGAGCUAGCAGAAGGGGUCCUUUCAGACUCCAUGUACCAGGGUUUGCAUCUUCAUCUGUAUGUUCCACAUUGUGUUAGCGUCGCAGCAUCUAUUAUGACGUUAGUAUACUACCAUAAUGUGGAGAUGUGGAACUCUCCAAGAUUUCUCCUGUUGACUCUUCUAUACUGGAUGUCGGCUCUAACAAUCAAAUGUUUGAAGGUGUUUUGCCUCUUUAAGAAGAACCUAGGCAUCGUUAACCUGAGGUUUGACCUGACAUGGGAUGUCAUUGUGGUCUACUUCUUCCUGCUCAUAGUAGAGCUUAAUGUACUGCGGAUGUUGAGAUAUGCCCUAUCCUCAAAUCCAAGGGUGCUAGUUCCUCCCGAGGACUUAAGCCAGGGAACAAAGUUUGUGCAGCCAUACUCCAACUUCUUGUCCAAGUUCUCCUAUUGGUGGCUUAAUGGUAUGCUGUCUGAGGGUUAUAAACAUGCACUGGAGGUGAAACAGCUUGGAAAACUACCUGAGACUGAACACUCAGUUGUCACACAUGAAACUCUCAGCAGGAUCUUUGAGGAAGAAAAGGCUAAGGCAGCUAAGAAGGGCAAAAAGCCUAGUCUCUCAUACAUCUACCUCCGUGCAUACUGGCCUUGGAUGCUGGUGGCUGGUAUAUUCAAACUUAUAGGUGACCUGUUAGCGUUUGUUGGACCCUGGACUAUUGAGAAGAUUGUGCUUUACGUCACUGAAGCUUAUAAUAAGAAUCAAUUGGAGAAGGAAACAGGAAAUGUAACAGUUCUUCCACAGGAGGUUCAAUACAUCAGUGUUGUUGACUUCAUCAACAAUGGCUAUGUCCUUUCUAUCAUACUGUUCCUAGCGACAGUGUUGCAGAAUACAUUCCUUCAAAGUCACUUCUAUCUGGUCAUAAGGGAAGCUGUACGGCUCAAGGGAGCUCUUCAGGCCAUGAUUUAUAAGAAGACACUGAGGCUGUCUGGUUGGACAAUGUCAAGUGGUGAGAUGACGCAAGGACAGAUCGUGAAUCACGUCUCCACAGAUUGCUUCCAUCUACAGAUGAUGUUCUUCCUCUUCCAUUUUGUAUGGACAAUGCCCAUACAGAUUGCUAUAACAAUGUUCCUGCUAUACAAUGUGUUAGGAUCCAGUGCCCUUAUAGGGGGCUCUAUUAUCUUGCUUAUCUCCCCUAUACAGUACAAAGUAGCUGCAGUGAUUGCAAAUAUACAGAAACAAACACUGGAAAAGUCGGAUCUACGUCUGAAGCAGUGUAACGAGAUGCUUCAGGGAAUCAAGUUGCUGAAGCUAUAUGCCUGGGAGAUCUUAUUUUGUGAGAAAGUACAGGAGACACGUAUGGCAGAAGUCAGACUGCUUCUCAAAGGAGCUUUGUUGUGUGCAUUUACAUUGUUCAUCACAGAAGGCACCCCUCUCCUAGUGACACUUGUGACAUUCACAAUCUACCCCUAUAUCCAAAAUGAGCCUCUAACUGCCUCCAAGGCCUUCGCUUCCUUGGCCCUUUUCAACAUCUUAGCCCUCCCUCUCUUCCUUUUCCCUGUCCUGGUCAACACCCUGGUGAAUGCCAAGGUCAGUAAUGAAAGGAUCCUGCCUUUCCUAUUGGCUCCUGAGGUGGAAGGGUCCAAUUUUGGUCAAAGUGGAGGGGAGUCAGGAUCAACUCUUCAAAAGGAGACGAAUGGAAAUGAUGUUAAAGUUGCAUACAAGAAAGGUGCUUCAAAACCUAUUGAAAUUCAAAAUGGUGGAGAGGGAGUAGAUGGCGCCACACAGGGGAUGGAUCGCCAGUUGAGUAAUCUGAGUCAGAUGUCUGAUGCAAGUGCGGAUGAAUUAGAAGAUGGGGCAAUUUCAAAUGCAGUUGAGGUGAAAAAUGCUGAAUUUUCCUGGGAUUUGAAAUCUGAAACGCCUGACCUUAAGGCUCUGAACUUUGAAAUCCAGCAAGAGAAAUUAACAAUGAUCGUAGGAUCAACAGGCUGCGGAAAGUCAUCUAUGUUGUCGGCCAUUAUGGGAGAAAUGUGCACAAAAAGUGGAACGGUGAAUUGGAACCCAGAUUGUAAAAUCUCAUUUGCUGCUCAGAAGGCAUGGCUUAUAAAUGCUACAUUAAAAGAUAAUAUUCUCUUUGGAGAGCCUUAUGAAAAGAAAAGAUACAAGAGGGUAUUACAGGCAUGUGCCUUACAACCAGACAUAGAUAUCCUACCAGCUGGUGACCAGACAGAAAUUGGAGAAAAGGGCAUCAAUAUGUCUGGUGGCCAGAAGCAGAGAAUCAGUGUGGCCAGGGCCAUGUAUUCCAAAGCUGAUGUUGUUGUUCUUGAUGACCCGCUGUCUGCGUUAGAUGUUCACGUAGGUCAGACAAUAUUAGAAGAAGGAAUACUCAAGUUUCUUUUGAAGCAUCGUCGCACCGUUGUAUUGGUAACACAUCAAUUGCAGUACAUCAGUCAGGCUGAUAAGAUCAUUGUUGUUCAAGAUGGAACAAUCAGCCAUCAGGGUAACCUGAGCGAUAUCAAAAUGGCUGACAUUGACCUUUAUGAACAGUGGAAGGAGAGUAUCCAGUCAACAAGAGUAAAAUCAAAGUCUUCCUCGGGAUCAACCUCUGAAGAUGCUGCUCAAGAAAGCUUACAAAGCAAAAGACGUCAAUUCAAACGCCAGAUCACCAGGGAUGUUUUCUAUAGCCAGGGGGCCAAUCAGAUGAGAAGCCUACAGCGUACAAAGUCUAUAAAUAAACAGGUUGGGCUUGAUUUACUCGGAGAAGAGUAUGAGAAAGAAGAGGGAGCCACUGGGAAACUUAUUGAUGAAGAGGAGCGGGAAAAGGGAUCUGUUUCUGCUAAAGUUUAUCUGGCAUAUUUCAAGGCGUGUUGGUUAGUGCUAGCAGGUGGAGUCCUCAUUCUCCAUCUGUUCCGUCAGAGCAUAAUUGUUGGCACAGAUUUCUGGCUCUCUGCAUGGUCCACAGCAUCAUCACUUGCUGCGUCAAACUUAGAAGCUGCCAACAUGGCUAAUGAUUUGAUGACUGCAGCUGUGAAUGGCACCCUGGGAAAUGACUCAUACUUGCUUUUGACCACCACCCCUUCACCAGGUUCAUCUGGGAUUGACUCCACAACACAGUACUACAUCAAUGGAUACGCUGGGUUAUCUGUAGCAGCUAUUACACUUGCAUUUUGUGUGUCUCUCAUCUCAGAAUUAGCUGGAGUUAGAGCUGCAUUUAACCUCCAUAACAACAUGCUAAAAAAUGUGGUCCUUGCGCCAAUGAGGUUCUUUGACACAACCCCAAUGGGUAGGAUACUAAACAGAUUCUCAGCUGAUACAUGUAUUAUAGAUGAGAAACUCCCGAUGACUCUCGAGGCUUUAGUGCGUACCAUUUUGCUGUGUCUGUCUUCAGUUAUCGUCAAUACAGUGGCGACACCUUAUUUUCUCAUCGCAGCUGUUCCAGUUUUUAUAGUCUACUUCUUCCUUCAGAAAUUUUUCCGUGCCUCAUCCAGAGAGCUACAAAGAUGUGAUACCAUCUCAAAAUCUCCAGUCUUCGCUCAUUUCUCCGAAACAUUAGGAGGCCUUUCAACUAUCAGAGCUUACAGAGAUGAAACUAGAUUUAUGGAAAGGAUCCAUGAGCGUAUAGACUCAAACAACACAGCAUACCUCUAUCUCAAUACUGCCAAUAGAUGGCUUGGGAUUAGACUUGACUACAUGGGUGCUAUCAUAGUGUUUGCUGCUGCCAUAACAACAGUUGCUACAGGAGUUACUGGUGCAGCAAGCCCAGGUGUUGUUGGCCUUUCUAUCACAUAUGCAUUGAUGGUGUCCAGCUAUCUAAAUUGGGUAGUAAGGAACUUGGCUGAUGCAGAGAUGGAGAUGAACACAGUUGAGAGAGUAGUUGCCUACACAGAACUCAGCACAGAGCCCUAUGUCAGGGAAGAGGCUGGAAUAACUCCCCCAGAGAGUUGGCCAGAAAAGGGGGCGAUAGUGUUUCAGGAUGUGUCGCUACGAUAUGACUCAUCAUUAGAUCCUGUUGUCCACAAUGUAGAUAUUAACAUUAAACCAGGAGAAAAGGUGGGAAUCUGUGGAAGAACAGGAAGUGGAAAAUCUUCCAUGACCUUAGGAUUGUUCCGGAUCAUUGAAACAUGUGGUGGUACGAUUUUGAUAGACGACAUUGACAUCAAUAGAAUUCCCCUUACCACAUUAAGAUCUAAGCUGUCAAUCAUUCCUCAAGAUCCAGUCCUGUUUGCAGGAACUGUCAGAUACAACUUGGACCCAUUUGAUCAGCAAACAGAUGAACAGUUGUGGAAAGCUCUGGAGGUGUCCCAGUUAAAAGACAUCAUACAUAGUUCACCUGAAAAACUUAACUAUGAAGUAUCUGAGGGAGGUGAGAAUUUUAGCGUUGGUCAAAGACAACUUUUCUGCAUUGCACGAGCUUUCCUCCGUGACGCUGCCGUCUUGGUGAUGGACGAGGCCACAGCAUCUGUUGACAUGGAGACGGAUCAGCUGAUUCAGAAAGUUGUAGCAGAACACUUUGGAGACAGGACAAUACUGACGAUUGCUCAUCGCGUUGCUACAAUCCUCACCAGUGACACAAUCAUAGUUCUAGACCAGGGUAGAAUAGUGGAAUAUGACAGUCCAACAAAUCUACUAAAAGAUGAGCAAGGUGUAUUUUUCUCCCUUGUUAAACAAAACAAAUAAAGAUGUGAUGCGUGGUGCUUAUCUAUACAUGGCAGAAUGAGAGCAUUUGAGGGAGAUGAUACUUUGCAGAUUAUAAAUUCUAUGAGCAGAAUCAUUAUAGAUGAAAUAUAUGAUGUAUAUCAAACUGAAUGUGAUAAUCAGUGAAAAGGAUACAGUUCCCAAUAAUGGUCCAUGUUUAAGAACGGGAUUUAAAUUAUGCAUGGUUGUACUGAAUGUCAUCACCCCCUUGUCACCAUGAUUUGCACCUGACUAUGAUAAGAAGGAAGUAUUGGAACAAAAUUGCAUGCAACUUGAAACUAUUCCCACCACAUGCACAUGUACAUGGAAUAUUUACUGUUCAUUUUUUUAUACAGGGUACUUAAGUACACAAAACAUUUUGUUCAUUCAGUUAUUUUUCUAUUUUAUGUCCACCAUGCAUGUUUGUCACCCAUUUUGUGACAGUGACACUUCUAUAUAUUAGAGAGUUGUGCCAGAAGUUUGUACGAGAUCUUAUUAAUUGUUUUUUAGAUGAUUUUAGAGAGGAACUUUAAUAGAUUUAAAUAUUCUGUUUAACAAAAGAUGUAUAUUUUAUAACAUUGUUUAUACUGCUGGGUAGUAAGAUUAGGUACUGAAGUAGGUUGACAUGCAUAAGGUGUUCAAGAAGUUUCAGGAAAACUGCACCUAGUUUUUAUUUCUUCCAAAUGUUUUCAGGAAACUUUUUGAACAUUCUAUUUAGUUUUUCUAUAGGAUUAAAUAAGAAUAUCCUAUGGGUUAACAUGUUUAUGAUUAUACAAGGUACACAUCAUAUAUCUGUAUAAAGUAGCAGCAUAUAGUGUUGUCUUUGUGAAUCUUGGUUUUCUGUGUGAAAUAUUCUUUUCUAGUUGAUAGUUUUCUAGUUGAUAGUUGAUAGUUUUGGUAAAUUCAGUGAUUUUCUUGGUGAAUUUAGAUUGCGAAAUUCAUAACUUCCUGCAA